AUGUUUCGCGAACUCGUCGUAUCAUCCUGGUCGCGGACUGUCGAGAGUGUGCACUCUGGCAACAUAGAAUUGAUUGUGGGUAUCAUUGUGAUACUCUCGAUCUUUUCCCUCAGAUCCAGGAAGGGCGACCUAAACAUUACCAAUGCCCCGACGUAUGGCUACAGAUCGAUACUGGAGCCCAAAUGGCUUCUCCAGUUGAGGUUUGUAACUGGGGCAAGAGAUAUCAUUUCAAGUGGCUAUCAACAGUUUAAAGAUGUGCCUUUCAUCCUACGCCGCUUUGACACUGAUUACAACAUCCUACCAGCACGAUAUCUCUCUGAGAUAGCUGCCAUUUCACCUUCAAUUCUUAGUGGAGUCUCUGCCACUGCCGAUAAUAUGCUUUACGAAUGGACCGACCUCCACUUUCUUCAUUAUUCAAACCUUCAUGUUCAAGUCAUGAAGAGAGAGCUAUCUCCAAAAUUAUCUAAAUACCUCGAGUGGGCGGCCGAAGAAGUCAAUUAUGCAUGGCAUAUAGAUGUUCCCGAGGCCGAUGACUGGGUUGAAGUUGAUAUCCAGGAAGUUGUGCGUAAACUGGUUGCACGCAUGUCUGCGAGAAUCUUCCUCGGACAGUCUGCAGCCCGUGAUGAGGACUGGAUCAACGUAUCAGUCGAUUUUACCAUCGAUGCAUUCACUACUGCCUUCGUCCUCAGGAUGGUCCCCACAUGGAUGAGGCCCCUUGUUGCCCGCUUCCUUCCAGCUCGGUACAGGCUGAAGAAGUACCGUGACAAGGCCGCCGAGAUUGUCAAGGUAAAAAUGGAUAAACAUGCCAACAUGCGCCGUAUACCGAAGUUUGGAGAGGAGACAGAGCAAACACUGAUGGAUUGGAUGAUCGAUCAUGCUUCCCCAAAGGAGGGCGAGCUUCAUGAGAUGGCACAUCGGCAACUCAUCCUGACACUUGCUAGCAUCCAUACAACUUCCACCAAUACGGCCAUUUUUCUCUAUGAGCUCUGCAAGCAUCCUGAGUGGACCUCUAUUUUAAGGAAGGAGAUUGAAGAAGUAAACGACAAACACGAAGAUCUUAGCAAAGUGGACAUCAGACUGUGGCACCCCCGUCUGGAGCGCAUGGACUCUUUUCUACUCGAAUGUUUCAGACUUCAUCCCCCCAUCCUGCUGAGUCCUCAACGAACGGCCCUGCAGGCCUACACGUUGAAGGAUGGAACACACAUCCCGAAGGGCUGCAGGAUUGCCUUUGCCAACGGCGAACUACAGAUGGACCCUGAAACAACCCCAGAUCCAACCGCAUUCGAUCCAAUGCGUAGCUACCGGAAGCGACACUCGUCAGAACAGGAGUAUUACCGCUCGCAGGCGGUUCUGACUGACAUUGAUAGUAAUCUCACGUUCGGGUAUGGCAAUCAGGCCUGUCCGGGAAGAUUUCUCGGCGUAGCAGAGAUCAAGUUUUUGCUCGCUAAGCUUCUCAGCGAGUAUGACUUUAAAUAUCCCGAUGGAAAGACACUGCCGGCGACGCUUUCGGCAGAUGAGAACGUAUUCAUGGAGCCGGGGGCGAAACUAAUGAUGAAAAAAAGAGCAUGA